CCCACGUUUGCAUGCGCCAGGUUUUUUCAGCACAGUUCAGGUUCAGGAUGUUCAAGGAUAAGGCGUUCUCACCGUGAAAAAUAUGCGAAGGCUAUGGCUUGUGUGCCUGCUGCGAGCACUGGCAAAAAGGGCAGAGUUAGACUUGGAAGUGGAUGCCAGCGCUUCCAAUUGCAGGCAAGGUCAAAUAUUUGGAGACGGAGUUAAGAAGGCGAGCAGCGACCCGCAGCUUCAUUACGUCAAGUCGUUGUCUUGGUCACCGGACGGCCAACUCAUAGCUGCGUCCAACAAGGUAGAAAUCAUCAUCUGGAGGGUGGCAAAGGGCCAAUGGCAGGUGCAUCAAUUGCUUGCCGUGGAGGGGGUCAGGAAUGUGCGCUGGUCGCCAGAGGGAAGACGCUUGGCAGCAGCCUGUUCUGAUGGAGCACUGCGGAUCUGGUCGUACACUAAUGGCACAAAUGGCACCUUGAAGUUGCAACAUGAGCUCUUUAGUUCUGCGGACAAAAUUCAACCUCAGAUGAGGGAUGUUGCAUGGUCGCCCUCCGGGGAGCACCUGGUGACCGCCGUGAGAUAUAGCGGCUUGUGCCUGUGGCAGGCAAGCACCGGGCGAAUUGAGCAAGAGCUUUUCCUGCACUGUGAAGGCGAGUACAACAGCGUGUCCUGGUCAGGCGAGCGCGUGGCUAGUGCUUGCAGCACCGAGGGCCUGACCAUCUGGGUCAACAAGUCUGGGCACUUCGAGCUGGACAAUACGUUGGGACAUUCAAACACGAGCCUACACAUAGAGCAAGUGGCAUGGUCGCAUGAUGGAGCGUCUGUGGCCUCUGGUGGCAGAGAUAGCUGGAUUCGCAUCUGGGAUUACAAAACGCCUGAGCGCAAAAUACAACACAACGGCCCUGUUUCGAGCCUGGCCUGGUCGCCGGAUGGGGCAUUCCUCCUCUCGCUGGGGCCCAGCUCGAUACGCAUUCGGUGGGUGGAAACGGGGUCGCAAAUUGAGCUGGAGUGUCGUCCCUGCCUCUCGGUGGCUUGGUCCCCAGAUCAGCAGCAUGUGGUCUCUGGUUUGAGGGAUUCCAAAAUUCAGAUCUGGCACGCGAGCUUCCUGACGAAGGAGAGUUGGAGCUGGGUACAAGCUUUCAACGAGAACACCCCCAAUUCGGGUGUGGCGUGGCUGGAUGCACAACAUAUCGAGACGAGCAGCAGGGACGGUGAACUCGCGGUUUGGCAAAAACAAGGCUUUGAUUGGCAAGUGGUGCGCCAGCGCAACAUAAGCCCGGCAGGACUUGCCGCGCUCGCAUUUUCGCCGAACAGACAGCACUUGGUCGUGGGUCUGAAGAAUACGUCGCUGCAAUUCUGGACCCUGGAAGACUCCUCCGGAUGGCAGUUGCAGCAGACCCUGGCAGGCAUGAAGCUCAUGUUCCGGAUACACUGGCGCCAGGAUGGGCAACAAGUGCUGGUGGCAAGUAGUAAGCUCAACACAUGCCUCAUUUUCGGAGCCUCAAACUCAGGCUGGGAGCUACAGCAGGAACUGCCGCAGUGCAAAGCAUAUGCUUGCCUAUGGCUGAGCAGCGCUGUCUUGGCGAUGAGCAAUCUGGCUGCGAAGGCUGUGCAGAUUUGGCACAAUGUGUCAGGUAAGCUUCAAGUGAACCAAAGCAAGAGCUGCAGACAUCUUGUGGAAGCUUUGGCCCUAUCAUCGCAUGAGCAACUGGCCGCCCCUUGCAACGACACAGUUCUGCUUCGAAGCGCAUCAGGGGUAUGGCGAUCUGCCGAAGAUGUGUGGAAGCAAGCCAAAGCUUUAAGGAUGGCCUGGUCACCCGAUGGCAGGAUGCUGGGAGCCUACGUAAAGCGAGGUGAGAGGAUGACGAUGGACAUUUGGUAUGUGAACGACUCUCUUGUGACGAAGCCGCUGGCCAACGAUGUCACAUCGUGUACCUCUAUGGCCUGGUCACAGGACUCCACCACCCUGGCGGCGGUCUUUACCGGCGGCAAAACCCGCAUCUUGAAAGGCUCCAACUUGCUGAAUCCCCUAGGCUUCUCUCCUUCUCGCUUCGGGAUCUACUUCAACUACUCGGUGGCCAGCAUUUGCGGGCACCCCCAGGUGCAGUGCGUGGAGAAGCGAAGUGGGGAGAUUACGCUGCACUUGAAGACGUUUGCUGACAACAUUGCUUGGGACCUGCUUCCCUGCACGGCGAGGAAUACCAGGUUUUUGAACACCUCCUUCGUGGUUGAGGCCCUUGAAAUAUCUUGGCCCACCACGCCUCAGCGCACUCUGCCUUUGUCGUGGGAGGUGUGCAACGCCUUGAAGAACUUCAACAACUUGAAGAGUUUGGUGAUGUCGGCCUCCACCAUGACUGGCAUCUGGAACUGCGCGGAAGGCUUCCCCAGGAGCCUGGUGCGGCUCAUUGUCACCAACGCCACCAACGCAUCCAUGCCCUACUCAAGCUUCAAGCAGCUCCUCGAUUGGGCGCAAAACCUGGUGGAAUUGGACCUCUCUGGCAUGAUGGUGAGCUGGCUGGGUGGCCUGCCGGGCCCAAAGAUGAAGCUGGCCAGGUUUGUCAAUUCCAACGUGGUGGAUUUCCAAGGCGAGGGCCGGUGGCUGGCGUCGAACCUAUCCCUGGAUCUUCGCGCCAAUCCGAAGUUAAACUUGCCCUUUCCUAUUUUGGAUGCGGGGCGUUGCAAGGGCUACCGCUCGGACUAUUUGGACGCUUGUUUUGAGUUGGUUCAAUUCACUGACACGACCGCGGAGCUUCGUGCCUUCGUGUUUGAUGGGCGGAAGUAUUGGCCCGGCGCUUUGGUGACUCUUGACAGAAGCCGCGUUUGCGAGCCAGGCAUGCGAUAUCAGGUGAGCAAGCAUGGUGGCGCGUGUCAGCCGUGCCAAAGGCAAGAGUAUUACCCCGACUACUCAGUCAGCCACCUCAUAUCAUGCAAGAAGUGCGGGGCCAACCAGGAUACUCAGGGCGAAGGUGCCCAGACUCGGAGCGAGUGCUUUUGCAGCGCCGGCUACGUCAUGAAGGCCAGUUACUGCGCACUGUGCACCGAUCUACCGGGGGGCUACGCCUUGAACUGCACCACGCCGAACUUGACCCUGCGCUCCGCGCCGGUCAAGGACGGCUACUGGCGUCAGGGGGCGCAGGCGCCGCUCUCCUGCGACCGCUUUGCGCGCUUCGCCUUGAACGGAUGCCAUGGGCGAAAGCCAGGCGAAAUGUGUCGCGUUGGGCACGAGGGGCCCAAGUGCCGGGUCUGCCGCGCCAACUUCUUCCAGCGGAGCGGCCACUGCCAGCGGUGUACCACUGAACAGCUCAAAGCAUACGCCAAGCCCAUUGCCAGCGUAGUUGUGCUGAUGGUGGUCCUGGCUGCUGGCGCUGGCUACUUCUUUUCUCGACCGAAGACCUACCGAAGUGACCUGUUGCAGCCGCCUGGUCCCUGGGACGCCCUGCAGCCGUACCUGGUGCGGGAGUUGCUGGCGGCAGUGCAGGUGUACCAACUCUUCGCGGUGCUCAGCAAGUUGGUGCCCAAGUCCGCGGAGCGCAUCGAGGCGAAGCCUCUGACCUUCGUGGAGAUGGACCUCAGUCCCAUCACAGACUCGAUGCAUUUGGACUGCGUAUUGGGCUUUGGCAACGCUCGGAUCCUCAAGUCCCUCACGGAGCCUUUGGUGCCCUGCUGCAUUCUGGCGCUCCUCUACGUGGUGCUGCGCUUGACCAAGGAGGAUGGAGAAGAACGUUUGAAAGCCUGGGCGACGGCUCAGAUGCAAGUGAUCAAUCUGCUGUUGGUCUCCACUGUGACUUCACUCAUGACGGUGGCUGAGUGCGACACGGACUUCCGGCCCCCCAUCAUGGUCUCAGCUCCCGAGGUGGGCUGCGACACGACCACCUUCCGCAGCAUGUUGGCCUUCGCCGUUUUCUUGGGCCUUUCGUACGCCGCCUACGUGGCGACCUUGGUCUCCUCCUCCAUCCGGCGGUUUCAGGAGAAGGCUUGCCACAUGUGGCACGUGCCCACGGUGAAGUACCAGAGCAUGGAGACCGGGGCUUUCAAGGUGUCACUAUCCAGCGAGGGCCCUGGCUACACCGACCCCACGGUGCGGUCUGCGCUGCUGGAUGCAGCACAGGUGCGGGCGCAGCAGGUGCUAAGUACAACUUGGCCCAUGGUGACCGUGUGGAUCUCCUCGGAGGACUCGCCGAAGGACGAGCGGGUGGUGCGGUUCAGCUCGGAGCAGCUGGGGGCGGAGGAGCUGGUGACGGCCCUCAGCACGCUUCAGAAAGCCCAGGGCAAGCACGUGAGGAGCAGCAUGAAGUUCCAAUCCCUGGCGGUGCGCUGCUUGCUGCUGAGCUACGAGAGGGCCAACCAGGAGGGCACUCUUCGGGGCAUCGACAUCUUCGGGAAGUUCUCCCCGGACUGCUUCCACUUUGUACUGCUGCUGAAAGUAGGUUUUGUGUUGGUGACCUACGUCCCGUAUCUGCCUGGACACCAAGCGCAGGGAGCCGUGGGGAGCUUCAUUUGCUGCAUCAUGUGCCUGAGCUUGUUGCUGCAGCCCUUCUCCCGACCUUCGGAGGGUGCCACCCUGACCUACGGCCUUGCCGCCCUGAGCUUGGCCUUUCUGAUGCUCAUGCUCUCCGAGACCCAUCUGAAGCUGGGCCAGGAGGAUCUGACGGUGGCCUUACAAGUCUCGCGGCUGCUUCUGUUGGUCCCAUUGGGGCGGCUGCUGCUGCCGACCAUGUGCCUCAACCAGGAGAUGCGGAAGAAGAACCAGGAUGUCAUGCAGGAGCAAGCGCUCCUGGAGGUAUCUUGGCAGCACGUGGCGCGGCAGCGGCGCCAGCCCUUCCGCGUGAAGUCGGCCGUGAAGCUGCAGCCUGAGGAUCAUCUGCUGCAGGUGGGCACGCUCGUGUUGCCUCUGCGCGCGUGUGGUCAAGAUCUCGAGGUGGAGGCCCGCUUGCCGAGCGGGCGCCUGGCUGCGGGCCUUGUGGCGCGCUUGUGCCUGGUGAAGCAGCGCCUGAAGCUGCAGCACUUGGACGCUUCAGUGAAGAGCUGGCACAUGGAGAUGGAGGAGGAUGCCACCUACAUCACAGUGACCUUUCUGCACGCCGUCUCCAUCAACGGAUUCGAGCUCACGGGACUUUCAGGACCAGACUCGCUGCACGCGAGCCUCCAGUCUGCCUCUGAGACGGCCCUGAAUGACCACAGGCCCUGUGAGGAGAUCAAGGGUCAGCUGGAGGCUGGCAAGAUGAAGUUCUUCGUGCAGUCUCACCUUCACUUUGCAGUUGUCAGCCUGUCGCUCCAGCUGUCCAAAAGCCUAAAGGUCGGCAGCGACCAGCUGAGCUUCCUGGGGGAGCGAGCGUGACAUCCUUUUCGCUUUAGAUGCGAAUGCGGCCGUCGUUUGAGAAUUCCAUCGUACAUAUAUCGUCGGGCCCACCAAUGUGAUCCCAUUUGCACUGGACGUCAAGUGUGCUGGACCCUGCCCUACGAAAACGUUUGUUCUCGC